ACACACAAUCUCAGCUUCCUAUCUUCCCAAAAAGAUGCGGCCGUUAGACGAGAACGAGACGACCGUAGUCUUCGAGAAGAUCUUCAAAUUCGUGGGAAACAACCUCAAGAACAUCGUCGAGAACCCAUCUCACGAAGGACCCGAACAAGACCCCGGCCGCUACUGCUUCCGUCUCCACAAGAACAGAGUCUACUACGUAAGCGAGUCUCUCGUGAAGCGAGCCACAAACAUCUCCCGCAAAAGCCUCGUCUCACUCGGAACAUGCAUAGGUAAGUACACACACGCGGGUGGCUUCCACCUGACGAUAAUGUCGUUGAGCGUCUUGGCGGCGAACGCGAAGCAUAAAGUGUGGCUGAAACCGACGUCGGAGAUGUCGUUUUUGUACGGGAACCAUGUGUUGAAAGGAGGGUUAGGGAGGAUUACUGAUAGUAUAGUGCCUGGAGAUGGGGUUGUUGUGUUUUCGAUGUCUGAUGUUCCGUUGGGGUUUGGGGUCGCGGCGAAGAGUACGCAGGAUUGUCGGAAGUUGGAUCCGAAUGGGAUUGUUGUGCUUCAUCAGGCUGAUAUUGGUGAGUAUUUGAGGGAUGAAGAUGAGCUUUGAAAUAUGUUGGAAAGGUUUUGUCUUUUUUUGGGGGUCUUGGGUUUGGUUGUGUUUCUUGUUUUAUGAUUUUUUUUUGAGGUUUAAGAUAUGUAGUUGUGACGAAGUUUGUGGAACUUGGAUGAUCUAUGAAAGUUUCGGUUUUUAUG